AGGACUAUCUGCGGGCGCGCUCUUAAUCAAGGGGACCUUCAGCAUUUUUUUCUAAAAAAAAGAGAGAGAGAGAGAGAACGGAUCCACCCCUUCAACCAAUAAAGAUAAUUUCUCAAAUACUCGGUCCAAGCAGCAUUCUGUGCCGAAAAGCAAAACCAAAAAUCAGUCUCACUCCCCGGCGAUGCAGGCGCGUUACCCAGUGUCAGACCCCAAUGCUCUGGGAGUCGUGCCUUACCUCAGCGAUCAAAACUAUUACCGAGCCGCCGGCACUUAUGGCAGCAUGCCCACCCCGAUGAGUAUGUACCCGGGCCACGAGCAGUACGCAACAGGCAUGGCGAGAUCGUAUGGACCCUAUCACCAUCACCAGCAGCCGGUACCUAAAGACCUGGUCAAGCCUCCUUACAGCUACAUCGCCCUGAUCACCAUGGCCAUCCAAAACGCGCCUGAUAAGAAAAUUACUCUCAAUGGGAUCUAUCAGUUUAUCAUGGACCGCUUUCCAUUCUACCGCGAGAAUAAACAGGGCUGGCAGAACAGCAUCCGCCACAACUUGUCCCUGAACGAGUGCUUCGUCAAGGUGCCCCGUGACGACAAAAAGCCGGGUAAGGGCAGCUACUGGACGCUGGACCCGGACUCGUACAACAUGUUCGAGAACGGCAGCUUCUUGCGGAGGAGGCGGAGGUUCAAGAAGAAAGACGCGGUCAGGGACAAGGAGGAACGCGACCGGCAGCAGAAGGAGGCGAAAGGGGGUCAGCACGUCGCCUCGCAGACCGACACCUGCCCCGAGAAGAAGGUGGUGGUCAAGAACGAAGCGGGCUCGCCCUGUAUGCCUGUCAUCACCAAGGUCGAGAGCUUGGAGAGCCCGGACAACGGCAGCUUGAUCCAGGACAGCCCAAGGAGCGUGGCCUCCACGCCGUCCGUGUCUACAGAGAACUCCAUCCCGGAUCACAACACAACCAACAGCAACCUCUCCGGCUUCAGCGUGGAAAAUAUCAUGACAUUGAGAACAUCUCCUCCAGGGGACCUCAGCCCCGUGGCUGUGAGCUCCAGCAGGACUGGUAUGGGCUCCUCACUGCCGGUGAACUACCCUCCAACGCAGCAAGCCGUGUACAGCCCAGGCUGCACCCACAAUAUGGACUCCAGUGGAAGUUACCAUUGCAGUAUGAGAACCAUGAGCCUGUACGCGGGGGACAGGAGCAGCCACAUGCUGGUACCCACCAGCCUCGAGGAUGCUAUCUCAGACCACUCCGGCAGCUCCUCCCUGAACGCCAUGAAUCUGAGCACAGCGCCGGAUGGUGUCCUCAGCCCGAGUCACCCUCAGCAGGCGGGGGCGCCGGCGGGACAAGCCGCUUCCUGGUACCUCAAUCACGGAGCAGAUCUCAACCAUCUCCCGGGCCACACGUUCGCCAGCCAGCAGCAGACUUUCCCUAAUGUACGGGAGAUGUUUAACUCCCACCGACUCGGCAUUGAGAGCUCAGCACUCAAUGACCAUCAGGUGAGCGGGAAUACAAGCUGUCAAAUCCCUUACCGAUCAACACCGUCAGUAUACCGGCAUUCAGGGCCAUACGCCUACGACUGCAAUAAGUAUUGAUUUAGCAACCAACCUCUCUAUCUUCUCAUUUAAAAUAAAAGAUUGUGUAUUGGGAGAUGAAAACAAAACUGCAAAAAAAAACUUAAGACUGCACAUAAAAUUGCUGACUGUGACAGUCCAAACUACGGUGUGUGGCCAAACAUGUUGACGACUUGUUGUUAGAAAGUGUGUAUGAGGACUUUGAAAACUUAAGACACAGACUUUGUUUAACAUUCUUAACAUAAGGGAAACCUACUUGAAUAACGAAAGUUUAGCAAAGUGGCAACUGCCAAAUGUAGGGUCUAAACUGUUUAAUGGACCAAGAAUCUAAUGAUGCCUUUGUAUGUUCUGUUUCUGCAGUUGUUUGUUAAAUCCAGUCACGUUCCAUUUUCCACAGCUAAGAUCUUUUUUUCUCUCUCCUGACAUUUUGUCCGGUGUUGAUGCGACGUUAUAAUUGAUGUAAAUUGUACGAUUUUCUAUGGAGGCUACGUUACAGAGCCAUUUAAUAUAUUUUAAAGUUCAGUUCACUGGAUUUUUUUAAAACUGUUCCCCAGCCAUUGUAAAGUGCCAAAGCGUAACUGUUAUUCAACCUCAGUUUUAUAGCCAUGUGCCGUGUACAGUGUAAUUUUUAUUACGUUCUUAUCAUCGAUAUAUUUGUUCCGUUUAAAGCCAAAGAACUAAUUUAUUGGAUGCAUAGUAUUUUUCUAAAACACGAAAUCUCUUUUUUAAAAAAAAAUAAUGACAGUUCUGUAUUGCCGACCCAGGCCCUGACUCCUCCGGUCUGUAGUUGAUCCUUUUAAGAUCAUUUCCUUUCUAAGUUCAGUUGAUCUUAAUUUCUGUAUUUAUCUUAAAAAAAACCCAAAAUAAAUCAGUGUUGAUUUUUUUUUGCCUUAA